CCUGUUGCAACAACACACACAUACUUUUUUUGCCCAUACUACUGAAGAGAGAGGGGGAAAGACAGUUGAGAUCAUAUACUUGAGCACUAUGAACCAGUACGUUGGAAAGCUCUGUAGGGCUGCAAUGUCUUCACUCUUCUUCUUCUUACUGCUGGAUGUUGGUGUUAGUGGCAGAAGUGCAAGCACAGAGAGUGCAGCUGUAACCCAAACAACAGCACAGCCUCCAUUAGCAACAAGACCGGAGCCAUGGCACCUUUCCGUGACUCAAACACCAGCCAAGGAAAAAGCAAAAGAGGGUGAAACUGUGGUCUUAAAUUGCCACUUUAACAGCCCACAAAGCUCUUCUCUGUCUGAGUUGAUGGUGAAGUGGUACAAAGAAGAUGAAAAAGGGCAGAUGACCUUGCUAGAGAACAAUGUGACCAUCUUGCCAAACAACAACAGGAUUUUCAUGAGUGGAGACUUGUCCCAGGGCGAUGCCUCUUUGGUGAUCCUCAAUGUGACAACCGGUGACCAUGGUAUUUAUUUCUGCGCAGUUACGCUUCCAGAUGGGAAGGUGGUAACAGGAAACGGUACAAAGCUCAGGAUCAGGAGGGCUCUGGGCUUGUUUGGUAUAGAAGAAUCAAUUGGAACAAUCAUUGCGGUUGUGGCUGCUGGUAUCGGAGGCCUGGUGGUUCUAAUUAUUGUUUUAACCCCUCAGUUGAGGAGGUGUAUCCUCUGCAUGAAACAAGGCUCUCACCAAGCAUAGCUCAGUCUGCAGCAUUACAGGAAUUACUGGACGAUGCAAAGACUAAACAGUUUAUUACAUGGAAAAACCUGUCAUGCUUUGUAAGCCAAAAGGGAUCUCUAGAUUUAA